UAAGCCAGAGAUAUAGUUCCAUAGCAGUAGAAAUGCACCUACCCUCAGCGCUCUUGUUUGUAUGAAUUGACCAGAUCAAGAUGCAUUUGGACACGGUAUGGCUGACGUCGCCGAGGAUUCGGAAGGGAUUGAGCAACAUGUUUUAGGUAGGCUCGGUGGUAACGAUGGUCAUGAAGGCAUCUGCUCGCGCUCUUCUCUUUGAAUCGCACCGUCUUCAAAGUGUCUGCCUACUGAGUGUCUUGGUGAAAGAGCUUGGUGCACGCUCACCACCGAGGCAAGCGAGGGUCCACGAUCUGGGGAAGCUUACGAACUCGCCUCGCCUAAACCUUCUCUCCGAGCAUCGGACCACAAUGAAAUCAACGAGUUGGAUCGGGACGUGGUGGGUACGCCAAACACAACUUUUGCUUAAACAAUCUAUUCUGUCUGCCAGAGGGUGUGUUGAAUCUGACAAUUCUCCUUCUGCAAGUGUUGAACAAAUGACCACGUGCUCAAUUGGGGAGCCGCUCUAGUAAGGUAUACAGGAACCCUUCAACGACCAAAUCUCUUGAGCUCGAACCAUCGGAGAGGUGGAUAGACAAGAGCUGCCCACGCGAAUCCGACAUAGUUUCCCAUCUAUAAUCUAUCAGCACGUAUUCUCCAUAAGA